AUGCAGUUCAAACUUUUGUUCUACGCCAUCCUUCCCGGAUUAGCGGCUACCAACCAUGACAUUUUCCAUCGAGCCCUCAGCUUGAAGCAGGAAACCACAGCCACGUCUAGCUUCGACGCGGGCAACGCGACACUGGCUGAUUUCAACUCGCAUGCGCGCGAGGUAGCCCUGUCGCGAAUUGGUAACUCGACUAAAUGCACCAAGGACAACGUGAGGGUUCGAAAGUUGUUCGAGAGUCUCACUAGCGAUGAGAAGAUCGCUUACACAGAUGCGUUGAAGUGUCUGAUGGAUCUACCAGCCAAGACUCCGUCGGAUCUCGCUCCUGGAGCUAAGUCGCGAUAUGAUGACUGGGUCGUAACGCACAUUAACCAGACGGAGAUGAUCCACUUGAAUGCGAAUUUCCUCGGGUGGCACCGGUGGUAUAUCUGGGAGAUGGAGCAGGCACUACGCAACGAUUGCGGCUACACCGGCCCCUUCCCUUACUGGGACUGGACGAAAACGGAGAAGGAGACCUUUGAGAAGUCAGAGGUUUUCGACGGGUCGGCAACCUCUCUGUCAGGCAAUGGAGCGCCGCUUAAUUACACAGACUCGGACGUGAUUGUUGUUAAUUGGCAAUGGCCCAACAUGGAAGUCGUUCUCCCUCACGGCUCAGGCGGCGGUUGCGUUACCAGUGGGCCUUUUGCCAACAUCACUGUUAACCUCGGCCCCGUCGGACUCGCCCUUAUCGGCAACAAGACCGAUACUUCUGGUGAAGGAUACAAGUACAACCCCCGCUGCCUGAAGCGUGACCUCAGCUCCGAAAUAUUGCAUCGAUAUGUUAACGAGACGAGCGUUCUCACGCUCAUCCGGGACACUAGCGAUAUAUGGACGUUCCAGACAGUAAUGUCGGGUGCGUGGGGAACUCGCGAGAUCGGAAUCCACCCAGGCGCGCAUCACUCCCUGGGCGGGGACCCAGGCCGGGAUUUCUGGGUGAGCCCCGGGGAGCCGGCUUUUUGGGCGCACCAUACGAAUAUUGAUCGAGUCUGGUGGAUGUGGCAGAUGCUGGACCCGGACGUGCGUGCAGCGAACGUAUCGACUGCGGUGAAUGGCCCGAUAACGAUGUAUGACUUGUACGAGCCGCAUCAGAACGCAACCAUCUUUGACCUUCAGAAUUUGGGCUACGUCGCCGAAGGGAAGGAGGUGGCGCUGGGUGAGCUCAUGUCGACGACAGAAGGGAUGUUCUGCUACGUCUAUGAGUGA